UACGUUAAAAAAUUUUAGUCGUAAUCAUAAGGCCGUAAGAAAAUUGACCAAUCACAAUCAAACAUUCUAAACAUAAUAAGAAUGUUUGAACUGUGAUUGGUUGAUUUACUUACGGCUUUACGAUUACGACUAAAAUUUUUUAACGUGCAAUGGCUUUAAGAAGAUGUUCAAGACUAGGGUUGCGUUCCAUUUCACGCAUAGAGCGCAUAGAUCGCUUGGAAAUCUAUAAUAUAUAUUAUGUGAACUAUAGAUUUUCAGGCGAUGUAUGCGCUCAAGGCGUGAAACGGAACGCAUUCGAAGUCUAACCUCUCACCAGCCAUUAUUUAGAUAAAAGAAAAGAAGAUAAAAAGCUUGAUGCGUGUGUCUGUUUUUUUGUAUAUGAAUCUUGAAUUCAAGUAUUGAGUUGUGUUACAGAAAGGAAUGUAAGAGUAGAAAGUACAUCAAAUUUCAUGAUGAAUGAAAAUAGAAUAAUGACAAUUAUAUUACAUAGAAUGUUUAGCAAGAAAUACUUCAAACCUUUUGCUGGUGUUCGUUCGAGAAUGCAAAUAAUAAAACAGAAUGAAUCAGAUAUUGAUAUUGAACAUUUUGACAGUGAAGAUUUAAGUGAAUUUGAGGCAGAUUUCAUGAAUGUAGGUGAAAGCCAUAAAAUAUACGAAAGGGAAAUGCGAAGAAACAAAGAACAUCUUAAACAACAGAUUACUAAUCGGAAAUAUUUUAAAGAGAAAGAACCAUGCUUUCUCACAUUUGCAGAAAGGCAACUAAUUCGUAAAUUAUAUGAAUCCAAUUCUGAAGAAUGGACAAUAGAAAGACUUAGUGAGAGUUUUCCUGUUUUACCAGAGACAAUACAAAAAAUUCUGCAUGUUAAUUGGUCGCCAAAAUCAAUGGAGAGAGUCAUGCAAUACGAUGAUGUUGUAGUUGAAAAUUGGAAGAAGUUUCGCGCUGGAAAACUUCCAGUAAGUGCCAGACUCAAUGAACAUCUAAUGAAAUUUAAGAGCAGAAAAAUCGUCAUGACGGACAGAGAAUCAUUGGCCAAACAGUUUGUUCCACCUGCACCAAAAUUUAAGGAACCAAAGAGUCAAUUGUUCUCUAAUAUUAUACAAUCUUACGUAGAUAAAAAACAAGAUCAAAAAUUAUUAUCACAAAAAAAUAAUUCACACAAAGUAGAAGAUACGUUUGCACACUCUAAUAAAAAUCAGAAUUUAUCGAUUGCAGAUAACAAGACUGAGAGUGAUUUUAUUGUUAAAAAUUCAGAGAAAUUUGCAUUAAAUGAGAAACAGUAUUUUACAUUAAACUCGCAUACAGAUUCAGAGAAACAUAAUAUAUUGUCAUUAAAUAAGAAAAAGAAUAACAAGAAGCUACUUACAUUUGAUGAAUUUGUAAAAGCGAAGCUGGAGGAUAUACAAAAAGAGUCUUCAAAAGAAGAUAUCACACUAUUAAACUUAUACAGAAAACAGAUGGAAGCUAGUCAAGAGAUGCAACUUGCAUCCGAUGCAAUAAAUAACAUGGAAAAAGAUACAUUAAAAAUUAUACAGAAAUCUAAUGAAAGCAUUUCUAUAGUUUUGGAAAAUAAAGAUGACAAUAUUGUUAUGGCAGAUGAUAAUUUGAUAGAUACAAAUAUUAAAGUGUGGAAUAAAAAGAUAGAUACAGAAUGUGACUAUGCUAAGCCAAUAAAGAUAUCAAAAAAUCUCUACAAAUGUGGUAUGACAUAUCGAAUUAGCGACUGUUAUUAUGAUGACGAUGGGGAGUUUUUGUAUCGGGUUCCAGGUAUACAAACUUAAUUGUUGCAAUUAUUUGACAACAGAUUUAUUAUUAUAAUAUAAUAAGAUUAUAUAUAAUAAGAGAUUUAAUAAAAGAAGAUUAUAAUUUCUAUAAUGUCAAUUUAAUAUUUUUUUUAAUGUAUUAUACAUAAAUAAAUAUAUAAUUACUCUUUA